AUGACAGCUCAAGAUUUGUAUUCCGAGAGAGCUGUAAAGGAAGAUGCAGCGUUGCGCGUUAUAUCACUUCAAAAGCUCAUCGAUGGAGACGCAAAAACCAGUGACGAGCUUCUGAGGGCAUGUACCGACCUUGGAUUCUUCUAUCUUGACUGUAGAGAGGUCGCGUCAGGACGGAUCAUCGAGGAAGUCCAGUCCAUCCGGCGGGUCAUGCUCUUCGAACAUCCCAUAUCCAAAAUAAAGGACCCGGCCACCUUUGCAGGACCCGAAGUCAUCGCAAAACAACUUGGUCCGCUCAAGCAGGCUAUCUCCAGCCAUCGAGAGAUCUGUAUUCUCCUCCUGACCCGACUCUCUGCCGCCUUGGGGCUGGGCGAGAAAUCCGCGUACCAGCAGUACCACCGCGCAAACGCCGUCUGCCCCACGGCCAUGGGCCUGCUCAAGUAUACGCUCGCCGAAGUCGAGCCGGAUAAGGUCGGCCAGAUCGCGCACACCGACGCCGGGAGCCUGUCCGUCGUGUUUACCGAGGUCGCAGGAUUGCAGGUUUUGAAGCCCAACGAAGAGGAGUGGUACUGGAUUCCACCCAAGCCGGGACACGCCGUGGUCAACGUGGGUGACUCGCUGCGGUUCAUAUCGGGCGGUGUGCUGGCGUCUAGCUUGCACCGGAUUAUUCCUCACAAGGACGAGAAGUGCCGACACAAGUAUUCGAUUGUGUAUCUCCUGCGCCCGGAAAUGGACGCGGAAUUUGUGGACGAGGAUGGCGUUGUGUGGAAGGGAUUGGAGUGGACUAAUAAAAAGCACGCUGUCUUCCGUGCCUCGGCUGAGGAGCAAGCUAAGGGGACGUAUUUGACGGGUAGGGAUGGAUAUGUUGGGUACUGGGAUCCGGAGAAGGACCAGGAGAGCCGGACGAUCUUGGUUGAAUAA